CAACAAUUGGCAGGAGACCGAAACCUAUCCACCCAAAACUCGCCCCGAAUCCGAAUUAGCCUUAAAGGUCAACCGGUACUAUAAUAUAGUCGGAUUUAAAAAUUGAAAUUUAUUACUCCUGCAGGGAGAAAGAAAGAUCGAAGAGAAGAUGAGAGUGGCAGGGACCAAUAUUGUGUUUCUCUCGGCGGGAUUUUUAUUCUCCCUAUACGCUUACCUUCUCCACCAAAUCGAUGGCGAAGUCAAGCGAUCCAUCCUCAUCAACGCCGGUUUCAGCUUCGUCGCUUUUCUUAUCACCUUCGUAAUGAUUCCCGUCGUUUGUCCUUACCUGAUUCAUCGUUGGAGAUUGUUUGGUUUUGAUAUUAACAAGUUCGGCACUCCCAGAGGAAAUAUUAGAAUACCUGAGGCAUUGGGUAUAGUCGUCGGAAUUGUCUUUUUAGCCGUCGUUUGGUUGUUUCAACAUCUUUACAUUGCCAAUUCCACUUGGCUGUAUUGGGUAGCUUUGAUCCCCAUCUGUCUCAUGAUCUUGCUUGGAUUUGUUGACGAUGUUUGGGAAGUUCGAUGGAGAGUGAAACUGGUAUUUUCUUUUAUGGCUGCAUUUGCUCUGUUGCUGGCUUAUUAUACUUAUGUUGGCCAUACAACUAUCAUAGUCCCAAAACCUCUCGUUCCACACGUUGGUCUGGAGUUUUUGGAUCUAGGAUGGGUGUAUUAUUUGUACAUGUGUCUUCUCGCAGUAUUUUGUACCAAUUCUAUUAAUAUUCAUGCUGGUAUAAAUGGUCUUGAAGUUGGGCAGACGGUUGUCAUUGCAUCUGCGAUUCUAAUACAUAAUAUUAUGCGGAUUGGAGCAUCCACGGGCAACGUUGAGUAUCAGUACGCUCAUGUGUUCUCUAUCCAUCUUGUUCAACCUUUGUUGGCUACGUCUUUGGCUUUACUUUCUUACAACUGGUAUCCGUCUUCUGUCUUUGUUGGGGAUACAUAUACAUACUUUGCAGGAAUGACCCUUGUUGUUGUUGGCAUUAUCAGUCAUUCUAGUGAAAUACUGAUUUGUUUCUUUGCCCCUCAAAUCAUUAAUUUCAUCAUGUCACUUCGCCAGCUUGUUGGAAUUAUUCCUUGUCCCCGACAUCGUCUUCCAAAAUUUGACCCUCAAACGGGACUAUUAACCGGGACAGAGGAUGGGACACUAGUGAACUUUUGUUUAAGACGGUUUGGAAGAAUGUCUGAACAAUCGCUCUGCAUUGUUCUGCUCUCUCUCCAGGCUAUUGCUUGCGGCUUUGGUUUCUUCCUGUGGUGGCUCCUUGCUGGCUGGUACAAAUAACAUCCCGACUCUUAAAAACAUGAUAUUCACGCCAAGAGACGUGAUUCCCCUUGUUUAACACGCACUUGGAUAUUUUUACGCAUUAAUAUAAAACUCAAAAGGAAAUAAAAUGUUCACAAUGACAGCAAAGGCAACUAUAACCUUAAUCAGAUGGGCAACAUCGAGCCUGAGUUGGAGAAGUCUGUGGGGUUUCUGAUGGAAGUAACUAGUACUAGUAUAGUACGUACUACGUAGUAUGUAAUGAGUACAGCUGAUAUGGUUUGAGUAUAAGGUAUCAACUUUUGUACUUAUGUUAUAGCUAUGGCUUUGAGUAUGUAAAAAUGGACCUUGUAGUCUUAAUAGCUUCCCUACUCUGUUGAAAUGCUGCCUGAACAUGGUAUAUAACUGUAUAUUACUAUAUUAGUUAGACCGUUUACUUAA